UCCCUUCGCGACUUCCGUAGCUGCUCCCAUUUAAGCUAGCGAGUAGCCGGGGCGAAUUGAACUAUGGUGCUGUUAGCUUUCUCCUACAAACAAACAUAAAAUGGACAAACGACUGAAAAAGCACCUAAAUAGUCUGCUUUAAAACCACCACUACCUCCGUGCAAAAUUGAAGAACAUGGUUGUGAAUCUCUGCCUGGCACACUUCAACACGGAAAUUAGCUCCAACAAGUUGUGUGCAGACGGUUAUGACGUCACUAACCUCAUAUCAGCAAACCCUGCUGUCCGCAGGCGGGGCUUUAAGCUGGAGUACUUUCUACGUCCACCUGUACAGGUGACGUUAAAGUUUGGCUUCCAGGUGGAGCUGUGCAGGGUGGACGUGGAACUGUGGCCUUGGGGCAUGGACCUAGGGCAGACCAGUAAGAGACUGGAGAUCAGCACCAAUUCCGAUCUGCUUCCUCCCCAGAAUUUUGGCCAAGCCGAGGGACUGAACCAAGUCAAUCACCGACUCAAGGUGGACAAGAAGGGGGAAGAAGGAAAGCAGGACAAUCACGCUGGCAGGUUAAAUGGCUAUUUUCAAGCAUGGCGUGAGGGGACUGAACAAAGAGGUGACAUGUGCAAACAAAAGACCAAAAGUCAUUCUCAACCAGACACUCGGUUUAAUAAUCCUGGGCCUGAUUUUAAACUGGUUGGCCGUUGUGAACUCAAGGAGGAAACCAAAGUUUGCUUCUGUCAUUCUGCAUUUCGCCCACGGCCUCCCUUCCUCUCCUCUCCUCCUCCUCCUCAACCAGACAACUGUCGCACAGAAGAUCUGUGGAGUCGAGGUCAUCUUUCUUUGAGCUCUGUCACACAGCUUCGCGUGACUUUGCCUUUCGGCGGGGCUGCAUCUGCUCUGGGCCUCAAGGCUUUGGUGGUGUGGGGGCAGCCGGCUCGUUGCUGCCCUCCAGAGGAAGUAGAGAAAAUUCAUCUCGUCCACAGGGCCAGUCGAAGACCGCUACCUCGACCUAUUGCUUCUGUCAGUCACAUUGAGCAGCCCCAGCAAGACACACCUUCAAGCACUCUCUCAACCCCAGAGGAGUUUCUUGACCCCAUAACCCAGGAAAUAAUGAUGCUGCCCAUGCUCCUCCCGAGUGGCGUCUCAGUGGACAGCACAACCCUGGAGGAACACCAGAAGAGGGAGGCGACCUGGGGGCGAGCCGCUAGUGACCCAUUCACCGGUGUCCUGUUCAGCGCCUCCUCCCAGCCUCUGCCCAAUCCCCAGCUGAAACACCGCAUCGACCAUUUUGUCCUGCAGAACGGACACGCAAGGAGGGACGGAACGUCAGGAAGACGAGCGGAGGUCAAGAAGCCACAACCGUCGAGGCUGAUAGGCCCUUGUCCCUAUCAACACUCUGCAACAACUACAGACAGACACACAGAGGACUUUGAAUCUGCAAAGUCAUCAGAUUGUAGAAAUGUGGAUGAAAGGAAGAAACGACACCGGAGUGGAUCAGAACCACCAACAGCUGAGCAAUCACCUCAAAUUAAAGUACCAAGAAAUGGGCAGGAAAGCAGCAGUAGCUCACAUGAACAACGUCUGUCAGCCAGCCUAGAUGAUGCCCUUUCCUCCGUCUUAAAGGGACGACCCUCUUUUACCUCAAACUUGUCCUUGCGGGAGCAGGCCCUUCCUUUCCCUGCCACUCUAACAGUACCAGGGAAUGAUGGCCGGUGCUCAUCUUGUUCCUCAGUGCUCUCCAUUUACUCCAAACCUCUACCGCCCGUUUACCGCUUGCUCUGCGGUCAUUUGCUGUGCCGCACUUGCCUGCAGAAAGACUCGCCAUCUUUGAACUCUGUCGCCACAUUGCCACCUUUCAUCCAGUGUCCUAACUGCCAAAGCCCUACGUCUCGCAGUGACAUCAUACGUGUGCAUCACUAGCCUGCCCGGAGACAGUGUCAAAGAAACAAGCUGUUCUCAAGGUGGAGCGAACAUCUUCCAACACAUCAGCGACCAGCAUCAUCAACACCACCGGCAAGCAGCGAUGUCUCACUCCGUGCUCCUCCUCUGCGCCCUGGGACUGCUCGCCCUCAACGUCGCCUUCUCCUCCGCCUGCUACAUCCAGAACU